AUGAACUCAUGUCGCGUCACCACAAGAAGCAUUCUUGAGGAUGGCGCCCGAAAAGCAGUCGUCCAAAGCAUCGCGCCGAACACGGAACCCGGGAACUUACUGGAAUCAGUGGACUUUGAAGAGAUGUCGAACUUCGAAGAAAGUUUUCCUUUCGAAGAUGAAAAUAAAGAAAGAGACACUGAAGAAAGUGGCAACAUUGAGGAACCGGCGAAUUCGAGAAAUUCAGAUGAUGAAGAUGAAAGAGGUCGGUUCUAAGAGCAUGACGAAAGUUCGACAAAAAAUCUUCAGCUCGAGAUUGGAAAGAAAUUUCCGAAAACGACCUCCUGCGCUGCUUAUUCCUUCUGUCAACUACACAGUCGGCAGCAGGUACGAGAAAUCAUGACAGAUAGUACAAUACAAGAAGCUUUUUUACAGCUGUUGACCGCAAUUUUCAAUGCGAUGAAGUGAAGAAUGAGCAGAAGCUGAAGAACCUCAUUCUCAGCAAAAACGGAGUGCUACGAGUGAAAUGUUGCUCCGAAUGCGCACAGGAUUUGAGCAAGUACGUAUUAUGA